CCAGACUAAGGAUCGGGGUCGCGCAAUCAUGGCGUCACGAAGACAUCGUCGCGGCCUGACGCAAGACCAGAGGCGGACCGGUCUCGUGACGUCAUCGCCGCGCCGUCGCGGCUGUGACGCGCUGGCCCCGGUCGGGCCGCGCCGGGACAGGACAGGGCGGCAGCAACGGCGCGCCUGGCCCGGGAUGGCGAUGUUCCGUAGCCUAGUGGCCUCGGCACAGCAACGGCAGCCUUCUGGCGGGCCUGCGAGUGGAGACAGCGGCCUGGAGGCGCAGUAUAGCUGCCCCAUCUGCCUGGAGGUCUACCACCGGCCCGUGGCCAUUGGCAGCUGCGGCCACACGUUCUGCGGUGAGUGCCUCCAGCCGUGCCUACAGGUACCCUCCCCAUUGUGUCCUCUGUGCCGCCUGCCCUUUGACCCCAAGAAGGUGGACAAAGCUGCACACGUGGAGAAGCAGCUUUCAGCGUACAAGGCACCCUGCCGGGGCUGUAACAAAAAGGUGACGCUGGCCAAGAUGAGGGUACAUGUUUCCUCGUGUAUGAAGGUCCAGGAGCAGAUGGCCAACUGCCCUAAAUUUGUCCCCGUGGUGCCUACGUCGCAGCCCAUCCCCAGCACCAUCCCCAACAGGUCCACCUUCUCCUGUCCCUACUGCGGUGCCCGCAACCUGGACCAGCAGGAACUGCUGAAGCACUGCGUGGACAACCACCGCAGUGACCCUAACCGAGUGGUGUGCCCCAUCUGCUCGGCCAUGCCUUGGGGCGACCCCAGCUACAAGAGUGCCAAUUUCCUGCAGCACCUUCUCCACCGGCACAAAUUCUCCUAUGACACCUUCGUGGACUAUAGCAUUGAUGAAGAAGCUGCCUUCCAGGCCGCCCUGGCCCUAUCUCUCUCUGAGAACUGAAGACUCCGCAGCUCAGUCUCCAGGGACAGUGUCCAGCUCACCUGCAUGGAAUAUGCCUGGCAGGCCAGGUGGUGCACCAUCCAAGCCUGUCAGAACCAGGAGAGACUGCUGUCCCCACACCAGCAGAGGGUGGCCACUGGCCCCUGGCUAAAUGUUGAAAACCUGUCUCUUCGGUGCUUCGGGCCAAGCAGAUGCCCCACAGUGCGGGCUAUGGGGACUGAGAGCAGUCAGCUGUCUUGUUUGUGUCAAAGCCAUGGUGUUCUUCCCACAUGGAGAAGGACCUGCUGGCCCGCUGCUCAGCAGAAACACUGGAAGGAACCCUGGACACAUCUGGCACCGCUUCUACCGUACACAUUUCGUACCGGCUUUUGUGAUACCUAGAGAUUCUGGCAUUUUUCUAUAUUAUCCAGUGUGACAACCUUUUCAUAUUUUAUAGAGCAAAGACAAAGCAGUUACUCUUCAUAUUGCAAUACCUGUGUUUGACUAGGAACAAUAGUAUUUUUAUGGAACAUUUACAAGAUUAUAUAUUUUUAAAAAAAAAAAACACAAUCAAAAAUGAAACUGGGACAGAUCAGUGCAGAGGAAUAUGGGUCCAGCCAUGAGGGUGGCUGAGGCAGCCGGGCCAUCCUGGUGUGUGUCAGGGCACCAGAGUUUCCCAGAGUGCUGUGGUAUCCAACCACAAAGUGGGCAGGUGCUGGGUCUGCUCCAGGAGACUCAGACCACUGGACAUAGGGGGGGCUCCUCUUGGAAGUCCUGGAAUCUCCUGCUGUUGCCCCUCUGAGGCUGACUGUGUCCUGCCUCUAGUAGAGGAAGGGUCAGGCAGAGCCAGGAAAGAGUUGUCAGUUGUCAUUCAGCUCAAGGCUUAAAUUAUUGUUGUCUUUAAAAAUAAUAAUAAAUCCUUUCAAAGGAUCUAUAGCAACCUG